AUGAAAAUUUAGAGAAAGGCAAUCAUAAUAUCAAGUGAGGAUAGUGAAGAACCAUAAUUAAAAUAAAAAAAUAAAGGAAAAAAAAGAUUGAUUAGAAAUGAUUUUGAAAAGAUAAACGAAGAUCUGAAUAAAGAGAAAAUUCAAAAAAGAAAUAGAAAUGCUAUUUUUGAUGAUGAAGUUGAAACAAAUGAAAAAAAUGAAAAUAUAAAAGAAAACUUUGUGGAACAGAAGAAAAAAUAUAAAUUAAUUAAAAAAUAAGAUAUAAUUGUAUAAGCAGCCUAAUAAGAAGCUUCAUUAUGCCCUGUUUGCUAUAAUGAUUUAGAAAUAAUUUAAGCUGCUAUUUUAUAGUGUGGACAUUUAUUUUGUCAAAAAUGUAUAUAAAUAUAAUGCGAAAAAUACUAAAAUAAUUGUCCUUUAUGUAGAAAACAAUAUUAAAAUGUAUAAUAUCAAUAUUAAUUUUAGUACACAAUUUGCAUAAGAGGAGAAGAUGGAGAGUAUUUAAGAGGAAAGAUAAUAAAAUUAAAUAAAAAGUUAAAAAAGCAAGAAUAUUUAGAUGAACAUGAUGAAAUGAACUUAUAGGCAUAAAAUUCAAUCCUUUAAUCAAGUUUUAUUUAAGAUAGUCAAUGUAUAUUAAUAUAAAUAUUUAAGAUGAUGGUGGAGAUAGUUUUAUUGUUGCAGAUGAUGAGUUUUGUGAAGAAUGCCAUGGAAACUAAGAUAUGGAAUCAAUGUUGUUUUGUAAGAAAUGUGGAUGCGUAGUUAGACAUAGUUAUUGUUAAACAUCUAAUAAUGCAAACAAAAUAUUAUGUUAUACUUGUAGAACAUAUUUAUAAAGAUGA